GUUGUUAGAAAAGAUACACGUUGGUAUAAAUGUGUUCUGUUAAGUGUAAAGUAGUAAACUUGUUGCAUAAUGGUCAACCCUAUAUAUAUAACCGACAGAGAGUACCAACUAUUCAUUUGUGGAGAAUUUAACGAAAACAAGUAAAGAACAUAUCUAUACAAUAUGUUAUUCCACUGUGUUCUUUCAUCUCUGCUGGUCUUUGUAUUCACGGCGACAGUCCCAGCUCAACAAAAACCAACCUUCUGUCAUGAUUUAGACUGUCCAAAUUUUACCACGGUGCAAUCAUUUAAGGAUUAUGAAUUGCGUAAAUAUGACGCAUUGAAAUGGGUUGCAACAAAUGUGACUACGAUGGAAUAUACAGACGAUAUAAACAGAGAAAUGUUCAUGAGAUUGUUUUAUUAUAUUUCUGGAAACAAUAGUGCAGCUAUGAAGAUUCCCAUGACAGCUCCAGUACUCAGAACAGUUAUUCACGGACAAGGUCCAACAUGUGAAGCCACGUUUAUCACCCAUUUUAUGAUACCACAUAACAUGCAGACAAACACACCAACACCCACAGACCCAAAGGCAUAUUUAGUUACUUUACCUGGAAAGAACUUUUAUGUCAAGUCUUUCCCAGGUAGACCUUCUGACCAAGACAACGUAGAGAAGGUUGAAGAACUGGCACAAGAAAUAGGAAACCCAAACUUAUAUUUAGAUAAUUAUUAUUUCACUGCUGGUUAUGAUGGUCCAUAUGCCAUUCAUAGACACAAUGAAGUAUGGCUUGAAUCAACCAGUGCUGGAUCCAGGAUGUUAGGUUAAGGAUGGCAGCUUAAAUGCACCAACAAAAUUGAACCUAUUCUAAAGUUAUUGAUUGUAUUGUCUUGGCAAAAAUAUUAGUUUAAAAUUGAACAAAUGUGUAGAAGAAUCUGCGUAAAAUGUGAAAGUUACUGCUUCAAUUCAUUCCCGAGUGUAUUCAAGGUCAUACCCACUGAAUGGCUGCAAAACUUGAAAAGAUCUGAAAUUCACAAAUAACAACUUCAGCAUAUUAAUAUGUCUCAAAAUUUAUUUGACAAUGAGCAAAACUACCUCAUUUGCAAUUAAAAUUUAAAAUUACUCAAGAGUUAUUUGUAUAUUAUUGCACAAGCAUGGGAAUAUUAACAAGUGUAAGGUUUCUCGAAAAAAAAAAAAACAUCCAAAGAUCUAUAAAGGAAGCACUCAUUUAUUUAGUUAAUCAACUUAUGGUUUACUGCUUUUUGAUAAAAUUGACAAAAAUAUGCACUCAUUCUGAAUGUAUGCGACUGCAAUACUGUGGACGUCAUUUGUUGCCGAGUUACAUAUUUUGUAUGCGUUUCUCUUCUGUUUGAAUUGAUUUACAUGUCAUUUCGGGGCCCUUCUUAG